CCCUUUUCAUCGUGGAUACAGUAAAGAUGUUGCUAGUCAAUUAGCUAAAUCUGAAGACGUCGCAAAAUUGCCCGAUACAGCCACAACAAAGCCACCUUCCGAAUUCCGUAUGAUUUCAUGGAACAUCGACGGGCUUGAUGACCGUAAUUUGAAAAUGAGAACAAAGUCUGUGGUAAAGAUUAUACAGACUCACAACCCUGACGUUGUGUUUCUUCAGGAAGUUAUACCGAAAACAUUGGAUUAUUUGGAAAAUAAUCUUCCACAGUUCAAAUUUUUUCCAGGGAAUGUAGAUGGAUACUUCACUGUUACGAUGUUGAAUAUGUUCACGAUCAACUAUGAUUCCCACGAAAUCAUUGAUUUCCUUGCAACGACCAUGGGUCGUAAUCUUCUUAAAGUGGAGGCGCAUAUGGGCCCCCUGAAGCUAAAACUUCUUAAUACUCACAUGGGGAGUACAGGGGAGCACGCUGAUGAGCGAAUGAAUCAACUGGACAUCAGUUUUCACGAACUGAGUAGAACCGACAAGACGUCUUUGAACGUAAUCAUGGGAGGCGAUUUGUAUGGCACGUUUUUUAUGGCACGUUUUUAGUUCCAUAUGUAGCACCUCAACUCAGCACCUCAACCAUG